AUGUCCGAUCAAUCCCGCGGCCGCGGCAGCCGUGGUAGAGGACCUCGUGGCGGGGAUCGUGGGGAUCGUGGGGAUCGUGGGGAUCGUGGCGGAGGCCGCGGUCGGGGCAGAGGCGGCGGAGAUGGCGGAGGUGGUGGAGGUUUCCAGGACCUCCCUCAUCGCCCUGCUGGCCGAGGCGACUCUCUAGGAAACUCCCGUGGUGGCCGUGGAGGAGAAUAUCAGGGUCGCGGGCGUGGAGGAGAUCGUGGGCGUGGAGAUUAUCAGGGUCGGGGGCGUGGAGGAGAAUUCCAGGGUCGCGGGCGCGGAGGAGGUCGCGGUGGAAGACCCCCCAGAUCUUCAAGUGAGUGCCACACAAGGAGUCUUCACGAGCCAUGCCCAUCACCCAGAACACUUGGGACAUUCAAUCUUACCUUGGGGAAUUUCAGCGAUGGCAAGCCGGUUAGCCCCCCAGAUGCCACUGUUGUCAAGACGGAAGAUGCCAUGGCUAAGGCGCUGGUCGCUACCCGCCGGAAAAAUGCAAAGAUACCAGCUCAAGCAUAUCCCGACCGACCAGGAUAUGGCACCCUCGGUCGGCCAGUCACCCUCUAUGCCAACUAUCUUCCUCUGACCUCGGUGGGUAAGCCCGUCCAUCGCUAUCACGUCGCCAUUGCCGCCGAGGGAGGCCGUGAGCCGGCCGGGAAGAAAGCAAGACAGAUCGUUCGUCUCCUGCUGGAAGAGCAUUUCGCUCCGAGCCUGAGGAGCAUUGCAACCGACUAUCGCUCGACUCUGAUCUCAUGCGUCAAGCUCACUGACGGGGUGUACGAUGUGCGCUACAAAAACGAGAACGACGAGGAAUACUCCGACAACCCAAAGGUGUACCAGGUCACUUGCCAGCACACCGGCAACAUCAACCCAGUCGACUUGAUCAACUACCUCACUUCGACCAAUGCAGGCGACAUGCUGGAUUCCAAGCCCGAGAUCGUGCAGGCCCUGAACGUCAUCCUGGGCCACCACCCUAAGACAGAGCGCUCGGUCGCCUCGAUUGGCGGCAAUAGGCAUUACAGCACCCGAGGCCCCUUUAUGGAAAAGGACAGCCUGGGGGGUGGUCUGGAGGUGCUGCGUGGCUUCUUCGUCAGUGUACGCGCUGCCACAGCCCGAGUCUUGUUGAAUGUGCAAGUCAAGUACCUGGCCUGCUACCGAGAGGGUGAUUUGCGUACAGCGAUUGGCGAGUAUCAGGGUCAUAAUGGUUUUAACCUUUAUCGACUGGAGGCGUUCUUGAAGCGCAUGCGAGUACGGGUCACGCACAUCACCCAGAAGACGAAGAGUGGCAAGGCAAGGCCCCCCCGCAUCAAGACCAUCUCCGGCUUGGCAACUCCUCGCGAUGGUGCUUCGUCGGAGACCAAGCCAAAGGUAGGCAAAUAUGGAGCUAGCCCACAUGAGGUUUCGUUCUUUCUGGGAGAUUUCGACUCGCAGCCUCGGCAACCGGCCAGCGGAGGUAGCAAGGGCAAGAAGGGCAAGAAGGCGCCUCCUCAAGCUGGCCCGGCUCCGCCUGGUCGCUAUAUUACGGUAGCUGAUUUCUUCAAGAAAGAGUACAACAUCGUCGUGGAUCCCAAAAUGCCUGUUGUCAAUGUCGGAACCCGAGAGAGACCUGUCUAUCUCCCCAUGGAGGUCUGCCAGGUCGAAGGCGGCCAACCGGUGGGAACUAAGCUUUCGCCAAACCAGACGGCUAGCAUGCUCGCGUUUGCUGUGAGGGGCCGCACCCCCGACCAGAAUGCUCGCUCGAUUGUUGCGAAGGGCCUGGGGGUACUGGGACUUGGCGAGCCGCUGAAUGCCACUCUGAGGUCCUUCGGUAUUAACGUUGGCUCCAACCUCAUCACUGUACAAGGUCGUGUCCUGCCACCGCCCCGCAUUUUGUAUGCCAAACAAAAAGAGCUCAGUGCAUUUGGCGGCAGCUGGAACAUGCGCGGUAUUCAGUUCUCCAAGCCUACUACACUGAAGAACUGGACAUACCUUUACAUCGACCAUCGAACCAACAGACACAAGUUCGACUCUCAGCAAGAAAUGACCAACGCGCUAAGGAGUUUUGCCACUACACUUAAGGCCAUGGGCGUUAAUGCUGAGAUGCCCCGGGGAGGGACGCGUCUUGAAAUCUUGGACAACGGCAACAAUUCUGCGAACAUUGAAAAUACCGUGCGCUCGCUGCAACAGGAAUACAAACCAGAACUCAUCGUGGGCAUCCUGGGCACCAAGGAUGCUCAGGUUUACAACACAAUUAAGCAAGUCUGCGAUGUGCGCUGCGGAGUGCGAAACGUCAACAUGCAAGCUGAGAAGGUUAAGGACGCCAACGAUCAAUACUGGGCGAACGUUGGCCUAAAAGUCAACCUCAAAAUGGGUGGCGCCAACCAGUCCCUACACACGUCAGACCUAGGCUUCUUCGCCGACGGCAAGACCAUGCUUGUUGGCCUUGAUGUCACCCACCCAUCGCCUGGCUCAGCAGGCACGGCACCCAGCGUUGUGGGCAUCGUCGCCUCCGUCGACGCGCAACUCGCACAGUGGCCCGCUGACAUCCGCAUCCAGCGCGCGCGUCAGGAAAUGGUCUCCAAUUUAGACAUUCUCCUCCAGUCUCGCAUCCGGCUCUGGGCCAAGCACAACAAGGGCAAAUUUCCCGAGCAAAUCGUGGUCUACCGCGAUGGCGUGUCAGAGGGCCAAUACGACACAGUCAUCAAUGAGGAACUUCCUCUCCUCAAAAAGGCCUGCAACGACAUAUACCCAGCACAAGACACAAAGAAGGGUCUGCCCCGCAUGGCCAUUGUCAUUGUAGGCAAGCGCCACAACACACGAUUCUACCCAACCCAAAGCGAAGACGCCGAGCGUUCCUCAAACCCCCAGCCCGGCACCGUCGUCGACCGCGGCAUCUCUGAGGCUCGCCACUGGGACUUCUACCUGCAAGCCCACUCCGCACUACAAGGCACUGCCCGCCCCGCACACUACUUCACCGUUUGGGAUGAGAUCUUCUAUCCGCUGCACCCAGGCACAGGCCCUGGCCCCGGCGCCGCGGAUAAACUGCAAGACCUGACACACAAGAUGUGCUACCUAUUCGGGCGGGCGACUAAGGCUGUUAGCGUGUGUCCGCCUGCCUACUAUGCCGAUCUAGUCUGCACUCGCGCCAGAUGCUACCUGAGUGACUUAUUUGAUCCCUCCCCUAUGGCGACGCCUUCUGCUAGUGUGGCUGGCACUGAGGGUGGUGGCCAGGUGCCGGAUGGCAGUCAGGUGGCGGUGCAUACCAGUGUGAAGGAUACCAUGUUCUACAUUUAG